UUUUCGACUCGAUCAGUUUCGUCGUUAACGUUGGGAAAAAUACUAUUAUCCGACUGAGAAGAUAGCAGUUUCUUGCUUUAUUCUGGCAACGAAUGCCUUCGUCGUCUUCUUGGAUCAUUCUACGUUCGUCAAUGAAGUCGUAAUAUGCCGUGUUUAAUUUGUGCCGUUAAGACUAAUUUGAGCUUCUUUGUUCUUUUAUAUCGUCUCGAUAUCGUCACUUGCGAUAACGCACGGUUUGAAUCGCAGAACAGAAAAUCAAAUGUUCUACUAAAAUCCAUGAAGGGGGGACAAACGACAUAUAAAAGCCUUUCCCUUACUUUUUAGUAUUGUAUGUAUCGUUUCUUGCUCGUGACUACGUAACAAGGAAGUACGAUGAAGAGCUACGUCUGUGCCAUUUUAUUGUUAAUGUGCGGAGUAGUUUACUCUUAUAACCCUAUAUAUAGAACUGCAGAAAUUCCAUUACCAGGCUGUAACUUUCACGGCAAAUUUUAUCCUCCGGGUGUACAUACGGUUCAAAGGUGCAAUCAGUUGAUUUGUGACACAGCCGGUCGAAUGGAGUUAACCACAUGUUCUCGACCUACUUGUCCUCAUCCGGAGGAACCUGUUCUCAUGGAAUUCAUGAAGGAGGGCAAGAGUUUUCCAGAAUGCUGUCAAAAAUAUGCUUGUAUUAACAUAGCCAUGAUGUAGGGAUAGUUUUGUAUCAAACUUGUACUCCUUUUGCCAAUAAAAUUGGUAGCAGACCGU